ACAGCUAUUGUCUGCUGCGUCUGCUGCUUUUGCUUUUGUGCUUCUCGACUUUGAUGCUUUCCGGCUCCAACACAAAGCCACUUGUUCACUGCAAGAAAACACAAACGCUCAGCAUGGCUAUAUAUAUGUCUAUUUCCCAGAAUCUCUGCUUCGUCUGCUACUCCUCAUCUCUAUCUUACUUGCUUAUUCUUCAGUUCAAUAUCCUUAAAUCUCCCACUGACUUUCAAUUUUAGCUACAAUGUCAUCAGCACUUACAGCAGACUCAAUCAAUCAAACAAAUCUCAAGAUAACUCAAAUACCUGAAACAUCGAGUUAUGUUGCUCAUCUCUCAACACUUCCUGCUCUUGCCGCUCUUACAGGUCUUGUUGCCUCCUUUCCGGUUCCAAAAAUCUUUGCAUCAAAUGCUAUUCCUCUUUUAAUUUACAUGAAAGAUAAAAAUGCAAACCAAAUUCCCCUUGAUAAUGGUGACGCCGAUGAUGCCGAUGAUGAAGCAGAUGAUAAUUGAAUUAUGAUGCUUAUAUUUACUAUAUUCCACUUCACCACUGAAUAAAAAAUCUAUAUACAAUAAUUAGGAUUUUCCCUUGAAAUUAUCAAUAAAUUAAUUUCCUUUUCAAUCAAAAUCUCCCGUAAAUAACUUAAUACACUUCA